AUGGUGUCGAACCGAUACCUACUACUUACCACCCUCCUCUUCCACCAAGGUGCAUCCGCGUCCACAUACCACCCACACCCCUCGUCAAACCCCAUCCCAUUCUCACCAGGCUUCAACAUCUCCUCUGUCCUAACACUCGCCACCCUCCUCCCCUCCCACUCUUGGGAAUUCGGCACCGCUUCCGAGGCGUUAUUAGAACUUUACUCUCCUUCUCUAUCCGUUUUCUCCAGUUCAGCGCCUUUUCACGGUUCCCCUCCUGAAUAUGCAGUCCCGGCACUCAAAUACGCAAAAAGCAAAAUCGUCCUCGGCACAGGCGCAAACGGGCUAAGCGACGGAGACGGAGCGACGGGUGAUCCUGCUAGUUUGGGUGUUUUUGCGGUUUUACUUGGGGGAGUGUAUGGAGAUGCUGCGAGGGGUGAGGUGGAUUAUUUACUUGGACAGGCGCCGAGGUGGGGGAAUGCGAAGGGGGCGGUUUCGCAGAGGGUGGACGUGCCUGAGCUUUGGGCGGAUUUUGUGUACAUGGCACCGCCGUUCCUAGCUUUCUAUGGCGCUUUCACGAAGAAUGCGUCGGUUCUUCGGGAGGCGGUUAGGCAGUGUGGGUUGUAUAGGGAUGUGUUGGUGGUUAAGGAAGGGGAAUACGCGGGGUUGUGGCGGCAUAUUGUAGGACCGCAAACUGCUGAUCCGGGGAUAUGGUCCACGGGGAAUGGGUGGGCUGCUGCUGGGAUGACGAGGGUUCUUGGAACGGUUAUGAAGGCUCCCGCGGGGUUGUUUUCUCGGUAUGAGAGGGAAGAGGCUGUAAAGGAUUUGAGUACGUGGAUUAAGGAGAUUUUGGACGGUGCGAUGAGGAUGGGUAUGGAUGGGGGGUUGUUGAGGAAUUAUUUGGAUGAUGCGAGUGAUGAGGACGGACAUGGGUAUGGAGAGGUUUCUGGGACGGCGUUGUUGGCUAGCGUUGCGUAUCGGGUUGCUGUGCUCCUACCGAGGGUGUUUGGGAGGAGGUAUGUGAAGUGGGCGGAGGGUGUUAGGGGUGUUAUUGGGAGGGGACAUGUUACUGGGAAUGGGACGGUUGUGCCUACGGUUAAUCCGUUGGAUUGGGGAGAUACGAAGCCGUAUACUGCUGGGAGUCCAGAGGGACAGUGUUUUGUGGUGUUGAUGUAUGCUGCGUGGAGGGACUGUGUGUAUGCUGGAGUUUGUAGGAUGAGUUGA